GAGGCUGCAAAGCGAGUUAGCCGGGCGGAAGCAGCGGGGCAGCUCUUCCUUCCAGUUUCAGCCCUCGAGAAGGCGGGGCUGACCCCGCAGGAAGCGUUUGUUUCCGGGUUGUCUGUUGGCGCUGCGUUCCGGUGGUCCGCCAUGCCUAAAGUGGUGUCUCGUUCUGUCGUUUGCUCGGAUACGCGCGACCGCGAGGAAUACGAUGAUGGCGAGAAGCCUCUGCAUGUCUAUUACUGCCUGUGUGGACAGAUGGUGCUGGUUUUGGAUUGUCAGCUCGAGAAGCUGCCCAUGAGACCACGAGACAGAGCCCGGGUGAUUGAUGCUGCCAAACAUGCUCAUAAAUUCUGUAACACUGAGGAGGAGGAAAAUGUUUAUCUUCGCAGGCCAGAAGGCAUUGAACGACAAUACAGGAAAAAAUGUGGAAAGUGUGGGCUGCUUCUCUUUUACCAGCAUCAACAGAAGAAUGCCCCAGUGACGUUCAUUGUUGAUGGCGCUGUAGUCAAAUUUGGACAGGGAUUUGGAAAAACAAACAUUUACACCCAGAAACAAGAGCCUCCCAAGAAGGUGAUGAUGACCAAACGGACCAAGGACAUGGGCAAGUUCAGCUCAGUCACCGUCUCAACCAUUGAUGAAGAGGAGGAGGAGAUUGAAGCGAGAGAAAUUGCUGAUUCCUAUGCCCAAAACGCCAAGGUGAUUGAGAAGCAGCUGGAACGGAAAGGCAUGAGCAAGAGGAGGCUGCAGGAGCUGGCUGAACUGGAAGCCAAGAAGGCCAAGAUGAAAGGAACACUAAUCGAUAAUCAGUUCAAAUAAGAAACACUGAGUUGUGGUAAUCAUUGAGACAUUUCUGGAAAAGGAAGAAAACCGCAGUAACUCCCAUCCUGUUGGCGUGCCACUUGAAAUCCAGAUACAUCUUUAAAAGGCACUUUGUUGGUCAUCAGCGUAAAAGAUGGGACUGUUCUGGUUUCUGGGAAGGAUUAACAUCUUCUGAAAUUCCCUGUUGUAUUCCCAGGAAGUACUCAAUCAACACUUAAGUUACUGGCAAGCAACCUGUCCUUCUCAAGGUAGCCGCCUGUGGAGGGAGUGUAUAUAAAAGCAUUAACAUGGCUCAGAUAUGGUGAAGAUUUUUAAAAUUAUUAUUAUUUUCCUGGGUAGGUGCCUACCCAUCUAGUUUUUUUUAUACAGAAGCUGUACAGAAAAUAAAACCCUGAUAAGUUAA